UGACGGCAUCCUCCGCUCCUCCCGCGCCUUGGUUUUACAUGUCAAUUGUCAUUGAUUACAUCUGUUUGAGAGUUGGAGGGCGACUGUUACCUCUCUGAUUUGCCACAAAGAAUGGAGGCGGUACACACACCCCCGGCGGAUCAAGAUAUGGGAAUUCAGAAUGAUAGAGCUCCAGUCCCAAAUGAUAACUAUCUGGAAGACGGGCAAGUGAAAGAAAUGGUGAGGGCGUGUCAUGAACACGACAUCCUUCCAGCAAAUAUUGAUGGAGGCACCAUGGAGGUGAAUGGCAGAGAAGUCACCUUCGUGCUCAACAGUUUGAUUGAUGAGUUGAAGGUGAGGUGGCUAAAAUCCAGAACAAUUAUGGUGAUAUCUCGAGAGGGAGCUAGAUUUCUUCCAAGAAGAGUCAAAGAAGACGUCAUCCGUGCCUAUGAAGAUGGGUGGAUAAGAGACGAUGCCUUUGGAGCGAGCUUCAAGCGUGGCAGAAUUAAAGUAGAGUCUACGAAUAUCGCCUCGUAUAUUCCCAAGGCACAAGAAGUUACCGACUGGAUGCUAGCGAAGAAGACGGAUUUUUUCGACUUGGCGGGGACGACGUACUGGACCGACUUCAAGCCGUGGAUGACCAGAGUGGAAGCGAGAGACUGGAGGAAGACUAUCGAUGAGAGCAUCUUUUGGGUUGUGGCGAUUGGAGUACCUCUGGAUGAGAUGGUCUUCUUGCAGGACCACGUAGAAAGGGCGAUUGGAAGAAUAGUCAAAGCCCACAUCCCAGAAGCUGACGAGACCGACCCCAAGCUUGUUAACCUUCGCUUCGACAUCGACCCGAGUAGGAAAGAGUACAUGAAGGACAAAAUCUGGGUGAAAACCUGCCAAGGAGACCUGAUGGAGGUAAGGAUGGCAAGUGCGGACAGUGAAUGGUGUAAAAGGUCCUACUUAGAUCCAACCGACAGGCGUCUUGCCCAUGAAUGGGCAGGCUUAAAGUCGCCACAUGGAAUAUCCGUGGGUUAGGGGACUCGAAUGGUAGAAUUAAACGAGGCCGCCUAAAAAGUUGGAUCCAUGAUAAAAAGGUCGACAUCGU